AUGUAUGCCAACGCGCGCAACGUGGUCACCAUCUUGCACGGGCCUUUCAUCGCGUCAGGCAUCGGCGUCAUGCCGUACGCGUCGAUUGCCCCAGACCGCAUCCACAGCGCUCCGCACGGAGCGCAAGCGCGCGUACAGGCAAUCUCGUUAUGGUGGGCCACCCGCUCGCUCAACGCCUACCGGAAGCGGCCAGAGGUGCUUGCCGAAUCGUCGCCGCUUGCCGAAUCGUCGCCGCAUCGGCUUCUUCGCGAGAUCCGGAUCAUUUUUCCCUACACGGUCGGCUACGCUGCGGCGCAUCACAAAGCCUCCACGCUGCUGGGCGUGUUUUAG